UCUACUGAUACAUCUGAAGGACCUCCACCAUUAAGAACAUGGACAUUACCAAAUGAUAAGAAGAUAGAGGUUGUGAAGACUGAUAUGAGAUAUUUAAGCUGUGAUGCUAUUGUUAAUGCUGCUAAUGGUCAUCUAAAACAUAUAUCAGGUCUGGCAGGGGCUAUAGUUAAGAAGGGUGGAAAUGAAAUACAGAGAGAGUGUGAUGAAUAUGUGAGUACCAAAGGAGAAGUUAAAGUUGGUGAAGUGAUGGUUGGAAGUUCUGGUCAACUUCCCUGUAAAAAGAUUAUUCAUGCUGUUGGUCCUAUUUGGAACCAAGGAUCCACAAAGGCAGCAAUCCAUCUUGAAAAUGCUGUUUGUAACAGCCUCAAAGCAGCAGAUAAAAAUAACCUAAGAUCUAUUGCUAUCCCAGCUAUAUCAACUGGUAUCUUUGGCUAUCCAAUGGCAGAAGCUUGUAAAAUAAUUGUGAAGACCAUUGUUAAUUAUUUAUUGAAGUCAAAGAGUGAAGUGACCCAUGUACUACUUUGU